AUGUCAUCCGCCUCAUUCCCCGUCAAAAGCAACGGCAUCUUCCACAGUCUGCCAACUUUCGAUCCAUCGAUCAAGAACAAAACCGCUCUGAUCACGGGAGCCAAUGGCAUAUCUGGCUUCCACACUCUCCGAGCGCUUCUUGACAGCCCAGAACGAUGGACCAAAAUCUGGGCGGCGAGCCGUCGUCCUCCUCCACCAGAGAUGAUGGAACUUUUGCCCAAAGAAGCUCGCUCUCGGGUUGAACAUGUGGCUUGUGAUUUCCUCUCCGACCCCAAAGACAUUGCAAAGCAAUUGCAAGAGAAGGGUGUCAAGGCAGAUGUAGUAUUCUUCUACUCCUACCUACAGCCAACCCCGAAAGAAGGUGCCAUGGCGUGGAGUAAUGCGCAAGAAUUGCUCGAAGUGAACACCGCUUUGCUUCGUAACUUCCUCGAAGCACUUCCCUUGGCGAACAUCACACCCUCUCGUUUCCUCCUCCAAACAGGUGCAAAGAACUACAACGUCCACCAGGGACCUUCAAGAACGCCGUUUGUGGAGAGCGAUCCCCGAUCAAACGUAGAUCCAAACUUCUAUUAUCCACAAGAAGACCUUCUCUUCUCCUACUGCAAAGCCAAUAAUGUCGCCUGGAACAUAAUCUGUCCCGCCUGGGUAAUCGGCGCAGUGAACAACGCAGCGAUGAACGCCUUGCACCCCUUUGGCGUAUACGCCGCAGUCCAAGCUCACAAAGGUCAACCCGCAACAUAUCCCGGCGCGUACGAGAACUGGAUGGCAGUCGGCGAACACAGCACCGCGUACCUCACAGGCUACCUCUCCGAAUGGGCCGUCCUGGAAGACAAAUGCAAGAACCAGAAAUUCAACAGUAGUGAUACCUGUCCACUUCCAAACAACCGUCUCCUCCCCGAAGUCUCGAGAUGGUAUGGUGCAAAAACAGUUGAUCAACCCGAACUUGAUGAGAACAAAAUCACAUCGAUUGAAGCACCUCCUGCUGGAACACCUUUGCCACUGGGAUAUGGUCCCUCAUCCACGAUCCGCUUUGCUUUCUCCCUGGUGGCAUGGGCUUCGGAGACAGAGAAUAAAUCUGCUUGGGAGGAGAUUAUGAAGAAGCAUCAUCUCACACAUAAUCCUUUUGAAAACCCAAAGGAAAAUUUUGAAUUCGGGGAUAUGGUGGUGUGGAAUUUGGCGGGGGCGUUGAGUAUGAAUAAGGCGAGGUAUUUUGGAUGGACGGGACAUGUGGAUACUUUGGAGAGUUUGUUCAUGGCGUUUAGUGAGAUGAAUAAGCUGGGGAUGUUGCCUCCGCCGGUGGUGGAUAAGGCGAGACCGUUGAUUUGA